UUUUGAUGCUCCUCCUUGUCGAGACGCGUGUGCCCAUUUCGCGCGCAAUGGAAGAUCGCGAUUUUAAUUUUGAAUUUAGAAUGUGCUGUUAAGUUUUUAAUUUUCGUUUUGUUAUCAGACAGUGGUAUUUGGAUUUCGAACAAGUUUGAAGUGUUUAAUUUGUGGGUGCAAAUAAAAAUAUUGAAAAGAUUUAUUGCGCAUAAAUAAUUUAUUUGUCUAAUUUAAUUAAUAAGUAAUUAAAGUGACGGUUCAGUGUAUUAUUAAAAAGAAGUUUUAAAUUAAGUGAACAUUGUUCCUGUUGGAAAAAUUGAUAAAGAAUGCCCGAAUCACACACCCCAAUCGUCUACCGCACAAGAUAGCACAUGUUCCAACAAGUGAUAAAAAUGACUAUAAACCUAAGUGAGUCACGCAAAAUUAUCCCAAUGUGACGUUAAGAAUCACAGUGCCAAGACAAUGUAUUGCUGUAAAGAACUAAAACUACUCUACGCCACUAUUGUUCUACUAUUGGAAGCUGAGUUAUUGGUGAAUACGGGUGCUAUGGAGUCGAAAAAGUCUUCCAUACUUGUGGCGCAAAGUGCUGAUGAUCUGAGAUCAUUGGAGCUGUGCACGUCGAGGAAUCAACAAAGGUUGGGUAGUGUCUUCGGGAAUUUCACAAGACAUCACAAAAAAGGUCACAGAAGAAGAACGACCACAACUACCCAGCAGACGACAAUACUAUACACAACAGUUGAAAAUCAAGACGACACCACAGAAAUGUAUAGAACACCUACAGAAUUUGUAAAUACGCAAACCACAUAUCCCAAAUUACCAAAACCUUUGAAAUUUAUAUCCGAUAAUGAUUAUAAUGAUUAUGUACAUAAAAUAGAUAUGAUAGAAGAAGUUAAUGAACUUAUAGGUAAAGAUAGACACCAUUCGAAACACGAUAGAUUAGCUGAGAAUAAAGAAAUUAUAAAAGAAUUGGAGGAAGCAUCGUUAGCUAAGUCUAUGAAUAAGGUUAAGAAAAUGUACAGAGACUCAACUGCGUCGGCUGUAAAUAAGUUAAGUGGGAAAAGUGGGAAAAAUGGUAUAUUUUUGACUGAAAACUGUACAACCGUUAUAGCACAGAUAGGAACUACUGCUAUACUCCAUUGUGAAGUUAGUGAUAUAACUGAAAAUACGGUCACAUGGAUAAGAAAAAAGGACUAUUCUCUUCUAUCAGUGGGCCUUGUGACCUACAGUGCUGAUAGCAGAUUCUUCUCUGCCCAUGGAAGACAUGUUAAGGACUGGGCGUUGCAUAUACGGUUCGCGACGUCAGCCGACGCGGGCUACUACGAAUGUCAAGUGCCCACCCAUCCGCCGACCAGCAUCUUCUUCAAACUGGUUUUAGUUGCGGCAUACGGAGAGAUCAUGGGCGAAUCAGAGAAGAUAAUUCACGAAGGCUCCAUGCUGAGGCUGGUCUGCAUCGUGAAGAGGUCAACAGAACCACCUUCCUACGUCUUCUGGUACUUCGAGAAUAGAAUGAUCAACUAUGAUUCCAAUGGCGUGACUGUCCACAACGGGCGGCAGACGAGCGAGCUGGUCAUCGGCAAGGCUGAGCCCAAACACGCUGGAAACUACACGUGUGUACCAGCCAAUGCUAAAGCUGCAUCUGUCACUGUCCAUGUCGUGCAAAGUGAAACGCCAGCGGCGAUGCAACAUGGAAACAACUCAUCAGCUGUCAUACAACAAAUACACACACUCAUACAAAUAAUUGUUGUUAUUAUAUCGUGUAAAGUUGUGUUAAGCCACGUGUCUGAAGAAGGAUAACCUUGAAAUAGUACCUUAUAUUUUUGAAAGAGGGUAAUUUGAUGCUUAUGAAACUUUGGCAGAGGGCAUGGGGUAUUAGGCAAAGUUUUUUUUACAUUGCCAGUCAAAAGGCAUUAGGCAAAAAUAUUAGGUUAUAUACUGUAAAUGUUUUCACCUGAAAUUAAAUUAUUUCGGCUUCAUUGACAAUUUGGGAGCGAAAAUAUAACACAGAAUACGCCAGCUGCUUCUCCUCCCGCGCAGAUUGUAAAAGUUAAUCAAGGGAAAGAACUGACUAUAUUUCAGAUUAUUCUUAUAGGCGGAGGAGCUAGCAACCUGUCACUUUUUAAUUUCAAUUCCACCAUACAGCUAAACGUGGCCUUCUAGUUUCACAUCUCUUGGCUCUGUCCACCCCGUAAGGGAUCAAGACGUGAUAUUAUAUCUGUACGAAAUUAUUUAUAUGUAUUUAAAAGACAUGAUAAUAAUUAUAUUGUUUUGUAAUAGAAAUUUAAUAGAAUUGUGGCCUAAAAGCGUGCAUUACACUGCAUUAAAUCGCUACGCAUACGGCCCACCGACCUUUACUGUAAAAUUUAUGACAUGUUGUGGUAUGGAAAUGUCAAGUCGUAAAAUGACACGUUCUGGACAUGUCAAGAUCUGGAAGGCGAUCGAGAAUUUCGUAUUAAUUUUUCUUGAAACAUAUCCUGUAAUUCUCGCUUUGUAAUUCUCCAUACAUUUCAGUUUUUAGUCACAAAAAGUAUCAAUUACCCUGCUCUGCCAUGCACAUAAAGUUUCAGGUGAUAAAAAUGGAGAAUUUAGUAAAAUAUUGGUAUGUUUUUAAACGUAGAAUUUUAUACAUGUAUCUCUUUCAGUAGUUUUUUUAGCUGUGAGUUUUGGAUGCAUUUGUCAAAUUAUCACAACCAAUAGAAUAAAAAAAAAUACCUAUAAUUGAAUUCAGUUUUUAAACUAUAUGCAUACCGAAAUUCAUCAAAAUAUGUUUAGCAGUCUUGCUUUGAAAGCGUAACAGACAUAUAUAUAUACUUUCACAUUUCAAAUCUUAGUUGUAUUCGUACCUAUAUGUAUUUAAAUUGCGCUUUAAAAAUGCCCGCGGGAACGAGGGGCAAAAGCUUGUUCAUUAAGAGCCUCGCCCCAUUGCAUUGUCGACGUAGCACGUUGCAGCUCCGUUGUUUUCCAUAGGUUUGACACGGACGUGCGCUGAUGUAUGUCGAAUCACCAUACAAUUUUGGAACAUCAACAAUCAUCAACAGAUAUCGACGGUUAUAAACAUUGAAAUUUACAAAUUAUACUUUAUGCUAUCACACUAAUAUUUAAAGAAAAAAAUUGUAUUUUUGUUUGUAAUGAAUAAACUAAAAGUACUGGGCCGUUUUUGAUGUUAUUUGCCACAGAUACUGGCGAAACGUUCAGGAGUAGGUAAUAUAGGCUUUUAAAAUUAUGAUUUUACCCGAGCGAAGCCAGGACGGAGCUGCUACCUAGUAUUCAAUAAAAAUCUAUAAUUUUAUUUCGCAGUAAUGAACUCUAAAUGUCGUUGAUUAAAUGCAUAUUAAUAAUUCACUAACAUUUUGUAUUUUCAUAAUUAGUUUUCAGGGCUUUCAUUUGUUUUAAAUCUAAAUAAUAAAUUCAAUAUCAAUUCAAUUCAAUAAUAAAUUCAGACUCGCUCAUAAUUACCAGAAAUUCGUAGUCGUAUUCCUCACGUCACAUCAUUACGUGGAAUGAAACACACCUAUAAUUAGAACUACUGUUAGAAUAUAACAAACAAACCAAUAUUUUACUAAAAUUAAAUGUUAUUUUCCAUUGUUGAAUUUUGUAAUUACUACAAAAUACAUUAAAUUAAUUAAAUUAUUAUUUUGUAUUAAAUACAUUAAAAAUUAUAUUAAAAGUAUACCAAGUGAGUACAAUAAUGUUAAAUGUAUAUAAAUUGUGAAAUAAUAAUAUAGUUUUUAAGUGCAUAAACAAAAUUGUAAUUAUCUGUCAUUGUGUUUUAAAAAUAAAUAACAUUUUGAAUUUAA